AUGUCUUUGUUUAAAAAACCAACCAAGAAAAAACAACGUCAUUUACGUGAACGUAUAAUCGAUAACGAUGAUAGCACAAUGGAGGAAGAAGCUGAAAUUGCAUGUAAAUUAGAAGGUGUGAAGGAACUACAAGAAAGUCGUGUACGUAAAAAUGGAUUGAAUGCAGUAGAAUGCGCUUUAGGUAAAGAGCUUGCAGCGGAAUUUAUUGCAAUGGAUGAUGAUCCAUUUAGACAACGUGGCGGUGGUAUGCUUCGAUUAUCUGAAGGACGCCAAGCUCAAAUGCAUGCAGCAGAUAUCGAAGCUGGUAUACGUGAUCAAUUUAAAAAAGAAAGUUUUCUAAGAGAUGAACAUGAAGAGAUGAAAAAAUAUGUGCAAGCGGAAUUGCGCAAGCGGAAAGCAGUGCAAGACUUGGAAGAUAAUGACGCAACAACAUCCAAAGUAUCAAGUAUGGAAGAUACUCUUAUGUGGAAAGCAGCGGAAAAAGUUCGUCUUUUUCGAAGUGAACGUAAUGAUGAACUUCUAUCCAAUCAAAUGCUUGCUGGUAUUCCAGAAGUGGAUUUAGGCAUUAAUGCAAGAAUGAGUAAUAUUAUCGAAACAGAGAAGAAAAAAAGUGAUAUGCUGAAGGAAGUGGUUGAGAAAAGGCGAAAUCUUGCUCAAGAUAGUUUAUUUAGUCAAGAUCGAGCUAAAGAUUUGGCAAAAGAUUAUGUACAGCACUCUAUUUUUUAUAUGGAAUCAACCACACGUCUUGGCCAAGAAGAUUGGCGCAAAAAAUUGGAACGACCUGAUACUGAAGCUCAGGUUACACUAACAGAUGCAGAUAAUUUACGAAGUGAUGUAUCAAUACAUCAAUAUCGGCAAUGUUUUACAUUAUAUUGUCCUAAGGGAUGUGCACAAAAUGCAUCACAUUUGCGUUAUAUAAUGCGUAGUCUUGGUUACACUCCAACUACACCGGAAACAAUAGAAUAUUUCCGUAAAUAUGGACAACAACUAGACUUUCCAUGUUUUUUGGAAAUUUUACAUCAGGAAAAUCAAAAAGGUGAUCCAAUAAAAGAAAUUAUUGAUGCACUUCGAGGAAUUGAUUCGAAAAAACAAAACUGGAUUACGGUGCCUGAAUUCAUUGGUAUUUUAUCAUCAGUUGGUGAGAAAAUGUCACGAGAAGAAAUUUAUAAUAUUCUUCAACAAUUAGAUAUCACCGGUGGUCGAGUACCAUUUAGUUCAUUGUUGAAUUUUAUUUCAAACUCUCAUACUGAUUACACUUAUUUCACUGAUAAUAAUCAUUGA